AGACGAGGAUCGAACGGGAAUCCAGCCAGCAUUGUCAGCUCCGAGGAUAGGCUUGUGUGAGGGACGCGUCCGAGUGUAGCGAGGAAUCAAAGGAAGACCCAUGCGGUGUCGGAGGUCGUCUGGCAUUCUUGGCUGGUCCGAUAGGUGACAAGAGGGAGAGCCUGGUCUCUUCGGCCAUGUCUUUCAUCCCAGAGCCUCCUCGCCUCGGGCCCAACAUCGCAAACAUCACAGCGCAUGGGGUGAUUCCUGUUCUCAUCCCCCCCCGCCCUGUCGCCCAUGCGCUGCCAGAGGUGAUGGUGAUGACGACGAGCUCUGUAACCUCCACGCAGAGCGGAGGGACACAGGCAGCAAGGACAAGGAAGGAGCUGCCUGAGUCGAUCAGCUUUGAAGGAUGCGGAGCAGCAGUGAGUUUUCACCUGGGAGUUUACGAGGCCGUUUGUCGCCUCUACGGCAGGGACACGCUGCAGCAUCGAAGAAUCAGGUACGUUGGAACCUCUUCGGGCGCCAUCGCUGCUCUAGUCGCCGCACUGGGGCUGGAGGCGGAGCCGUGGAUGCGACGGAUGGCUCACCUGUGGGAGCCCAUGGGCCAGUGCUGCUUCGGUCUGCUGCAAGUGGACAAGUACGUGGAGCUCGCUCUCGAUGAGAUCCUGGAGAGCUUCGGCAAGAAUGCCUACAUGCACCUCAGAGACAGGCUCUUCGUCUCUGUCACAAAAUUCUUCAGCAGAAACACGAUGAUUAGCAUGUGGGAAUCCAACAAUCACGUGAAAGAUGUCAUCUUAGCGUCUUGUUUCAUCCCGGUCGCAAUGCUCCGACCAGUUCGAAUCGGUUCUUUCUUUGUGAUUGAUGGCGGAUUUUCUCUCAACUGCCCGAGAUUAAAUCCCAAGACGUGUUUGGUUUCUCCCACCAGGUUUUUUCAUUCUUAA